AUGUUCACCUUCACAUAUCUGACAGGUCUGGGCAGUCUGUCCUCCUCUGUGCCACGUCAGUUCCAUGUGGUGAAGGAGAAGAAGAGCUGGACAGAAGCUCAGCAGUACUGCAGAGAGAAGUUCACUGACCUCGCCACCAUAGAUGACAUGACAGAGAAUAAGAAGGUGAAGAGCAUGAUGCAGGAAGCAGGGGGAAACUCCACACAUCCCUAUGUGCUGAUUGGUGAGGUGAAGGACUGGAGGAACUGGAUAGAUGCUCAGAGAUACUGCAGAGAGGAACACACAGACCUGGCCAGUGUGAGGAAUCAGGCAGAGAACGACCAGAUAGAGGAAGUUAGAGGAGAUAGUCAGGGUCCCUGGAUUGGCCUGUUCAGAGAUGCCUGGGAAUGGUCAGAUGGCAGCAGUUCCUCAUUCCGCCACUGGGGCACUGGAGAACCAGAUGAUCUGGGUCUGGCGUGCACUGAAAUUAUGCCCAGUGGUCAGUGGAAAGACGCAGACUGUAAACAUCCUGAUGGUAGUCACUUCAUCUGCUAUGAAGAUGAGCUGGUUCUGGUCCGUGAGAAUAAGACCUGGAGAGAGGCGCUGCAGUACUGCCGAGAGCACCAUGUGGACCUGGUGUCUGUGACGUCUGAGCGGGUCCAGCGCUGGGUGAGUGAGCGGGCUAAAGGAGCGUCCACUGCUCACGUGUGGGUGGGCCUGCUCCACUGCUACAACCUGGGCUGGUACUGGGUCUCUGGACAGAACGUCUCCUACAGCAACUGGACCCCAGGGCACGAGCAGGUGGGGUCUGACCAACAGAGACUCGGGGCAGUGGAGUCUGGAGGUGGGCAGUGGGUAAGCGACCUGACUGAGGCCGACCAACUCAACUUCAUCUGCACCACUGAGGAAUAA